AUGGUCUUCUGGAACCUGGGAUUCCUUUUUCAGCAGUUUCAUGUUCUCACUGGUGGAGUUAGUACCUGUGACAAACCAUUGACCAUUCUGAUUUGGGACUUGCCGUUCAACCACAAUUUGAACCUGAGCGGCAACAUUUGUGCCACACGGCAUCGCAAGGAGGGCUGUUUGUUGACCAGCAACCGCAGCUUGCUUGACCAAGCAGACGUGGUGGCUUUCCAUCACCGUGAACUGCAGCCCAGCAGGUCAAGCCUGCCAACAGCUAAAAAGAAUUCAAAGCAGAACUGGGUGUGGGUUUCACUGGAAUCUCCCACCAACACCAAAGACCUGGCUGGCUGGAACAGAACUUUCAACUGGGUCAUGACGUAUCGACGGGACUCUGAUAUCUUUAUCCCUUAUGGGGUACUUGUGCCUCACUCAUCAGACAAGGUGGACAUCCCGAAGAAAUCACGUUUAGUGUGCUGGGUUAUCAGCCACUACCGCCGUACCCAGAAGAGAGCGCAGUUGUACCAGGAACUGUCCAGACACGUCAAGAUUGAUGUAUAUGGGAAAGCAAGCAAGAAACCUCUCUGCUCAGCCUGCCUCUUGCCAACCAUCUCCCAGUACAAGUUCUAUCUUGCCUUUGAGAACUCCAUACACCAAGACUACAUCACUGAGAAGCUCUGGAGGAAUGCCUUGCUUGCUGGCACCGUGCCUGUAGUCAUGGGUCCGCCCAGAGCCAACUACCAGCGGUUUAUUCCUGCAGAUGCCUUCAUACAUGUGGAAGAUUUUGGCUCCAUGCAGGAGCUUGCCACCUUCCUGGUAACCAUGAAUGACAGCCACUACCAGAGUUUCUUCCAUUGGAGGAAAAGGUACAUGGUGAAGUUGUACGACAACUGGCAGGAACGGUUUUGCACCAUCUGCGAUCAGUAUCCCAGCUUACCUCUGGGGAAAAUCUACCCUAGCUUGGAGGACUGGUUCCAGGACUAG